UUUAAACGUAUAAAAGACUGACGGUUUCAAACAUCGACUUUAGUUCUGCUUCGUAUUUAUCGAAAAUGAAUGUGAAAUUCGUACUCAUCUUGUGCACUCUGUUCGUUUGUGGACUUACGGCACGCCUUCCGAAAGUUAGAAUUUCCACAUUCCGCGAAUCAACAAAAACAUCAGCUAGCAGAAAUUCGGCUACCAGAGCUAUAGUCGGUCGUAUUGCAAAUGGACAACCAGCCAAUCAAAAUCAAAUUCCACACCAAUGUGUAGUAUUAUCACCGGUUGGUCGUGCUUUUUCGCUUUGUGGUGGUUCCAUCAUUUCAGCGGAAUGGGUCUUGACAGCUGCACAUUGUGCCGUAGGAUAUUAUCAAUAUAAUUUACGCUUCGGAUCAAUCACAUCGACUAUCGGUGGACAAGUUCAGACCUCUUUCGAAUCUAUCAGUCAUCCCGACUACAAUUCAAAGAAUUUGAAUAACGAUAUUGCCAUCAUAUCGAUUCCAACUCCACUGACCUUCUCGCCUUCCAUUCAAUCUAUUCGGCUACCAACAAACAGUCAAAUUGGUUCCACUUUCCGUGACGUAUCAGCCGUAGUAUCUGGCUGGGGUACAACAUCACAUGGCUCCUCAACUUCCCAAACACUGAACUGGGCAGGUAUGCGCGUAAUUUCGAAUGGAGAAUGCAGUGAUGUCUUCGGAGCAGACGUUGUAGUUGAUCACGUUGUUUGUGCAACUGGAAGUGGUGGUCCAACGCAAGGUCACUGUCCUGGUGAUUCUGGUUCUCCAUUGACUAUUUUGGAAGGUGGUGUACGGACGCAAAUCGGAGUUGUGUCGUUCGGAGCCGCUGCCGGCUGCGAUCUUUUGUAUCCGUCAGGUUAUAUGAGAACAGCUAACUUUAUCCAUUGGAUAAAUGAACAGACUGGCAUUGCUGUGCGGCCAUAAGAGAUUGCAAGUAUUUCAAGAAGUCAGCCGGUUGGGAAAUAAAUUUAUUUUAAAUAAAAUGAAAAUCAAAAACUG